AUGAUCAAAUACGGUGGCGCCUUAUUAAAUUUGCAACAGCAGUACCAGGACAAAGAUGAUCUAGCUUUGUGUCACUUGAAGUAUGGAUUAGCUCAAGCGUACAAAUCUGCUGGGAAGGACAAAGAAUGUCGAGAUUUGCUUGCUGGAGUCAAGGAGGUACUGCAAUUUUUUUGUAAAUUCUUCAUCAAAGCAAAUUUGGAAAGAAAAAGGCGUCCAAAGGCCACGUAUACUGAGCAAGAGAACGAAAAUAAAGGUCCAGUUCCAUGUUACUAUGAUUCUAACCGUGAAGGGCCAAUCCAUAUGGGGACUUGUGCGAUAACUCUUUCGAAGGCUACACGCGGAAAAGGUUUCUUGAUUGAAUGA